AGGUGCGCAGCUGGGGUUGCUGCGGGGCAGGGGCGUUCCCACAAGGAGGCGCGGGGCGCAGCCCGGCCCCCGUAGGCUGGGGAGGAGGCAGACGGCUCCCGCUGCCUUCCGUCUGUGCCCCGCCCCUUCCCUGUGCCUCGCACUCCGAUCCCGAGCUGGGCGGGGCUGCUUCCUGAGGCAGGCGACCCCCUCCACCCCCUGCAGCAGCGCGGCUGUUCCCUGUACUAGCCUCCCCUCCCCUCCCGCCUGAGGCGGGCUGUUCCCUGAACCAGGCGCUCCCCCUGGCGGGAGGGGCGGGGGCAAGGACUGUCCCGGCCGGCGCUGAUCUUAGGCUCCCAUUGGCCGCUGUCUGCGCUGACGUCACGAUCAUGAUGAGAAUUAAUGAUCGGAGGCGCUGAUUUCAUUGUGUGACGCCGGGACCGACCCAGCCGAAACCGGCUGAAUCCGGAGCCCCCCGGACCAACUCCGCCCGCCCCGCAGAGCACGGUUUUUUUGUAUCAGACUCUUUGGAGAUUAGUAUCACUUCUGGAAAUCUGCCUUGUCAAAGGGCUGGAUCCUGCAUUCCUUGGGCAACCAAAACCUCCAAUUCAAUGCAGGUGAGAGGCAUGUACUUGAGAGCCUUGAUGGAUGAAGUUAUCUCUCAAUAGAGCAACUGCAGCAGAAGGAGGGGCAAGCUUCUUACACACACCGGCUGCCAGUAUAUCCCAGCACAGAUAUGUUGGGAGAGGGAGAAUUCUUUUAAGAGUAACAAGUAGUUCCAACUCCAUGGUCAUUUUGAGACUGAGAAGAAUGACUUUCUGACAGGGAAGCGAAGGGAAGUUACAAGAGCAGUCACACACCAUUCCCUAGCAGUGCAGGUACAUCAUUUCAGGCACCUGGAGCAGCCAGCAGAGAGAUGAAUCUGCGUUCUGUAUUUACUGUAGAACAACAAAGGAUAUUACAGCGUUAUUAUGAAAAUGGAAUGACAAAUCAAAGUAAAAAUUGCUUUCAGCUCAUAUUACAGUGUGCACAAGAAACUAAGCUGGACUUCAGUGUAGUCAGGACUUGGGUUGGCAAUAAAAGAAGAAAGAUGAGCAGCAAGAAUGUUGCAGAAUCUGGAGGCACCCCACCAAGGACUGUUCCUAGCACGCCUACAGUGCCUCCAGAAGUAGCAGUCAGAAAUGUGGUAAACAUUGCUCGAUCCCAAAGCCAGCAGUCUUCUUGGACAUCAUCUAACAAUGAUGUAAUAGUAACUGGUAUAUAUAGCCCAGCUAGUUCAUCCAGCAGGCAGGGAUCCACGAAACAGACUAAUGCUUCAAUGACUGAGAUACAUAAAAACUCUAUUCAGAGACCACCUGGAAAAAGUGAUACAGAAUUUCAGCAGCAGCAUAUCCCUGUAGGACGACAAGUAUCACAUUGUAAAGGUGCUUCGCUGCUCCUGGGGGAAAAAACUAUUAUUUUGUCAAGACAAACAAGUGUGUUGAAUUCUGCAAACUCCAUAUACAAUCAUACUAAGAAAAAUUAUGGUGGUUCAUCAGUCCAGACUGCAGAGUUAGUGUUACCUCAAAAGCCAAUAAUAUGCCACAGGCCAUGUAAAGCUGAACCAGUGGGGUGUCAGAGGUUACACAAACCAGAACACACAGCCUUUGCAUCACACAUCCCAUCUGGACAAAGAGCUAAUGUUCGAGACCCUUCUUGUAGCACACAAAACUUGGAAAUUCGUGAAGUUUUUUCCUUGGCAGUUACUGAUCAACCUCAAAGAAUUAUGGGAGGAAAUACAACACAGAAACCUUGUUCGGUCGAAGGCAGUUGCCUGUCCAUUGCAAUGGAAACAGGAGAUGCUGAUGAUGAAUAUGCUAGAGAGGAAGAGCUUGCAUCUAUGGGAGCACAAAUACAAAGUUAUUCAAGAUUUUGUGAAAAUAGCAGUUCCCUUCGAGUGGAGAACCAAAGCACAGCUUUGUCUGGACCAGGCAGAAAUGUGAGCUGCAGUUCACAGAUGGUGAAUGCCAGGGACUUGCCUGACAAUGUAUUAUAUCAUAACAGAGACUACCGCUUGCCUCCACGGACCUCAUUACAUACACCAUCCAGUACACUGUAUAGUACUGCUAAUCCAUCCAGAAGUAACUUUUCUCCUCAUUUUACAUCUUCAAAUCAACUGAGGCUGUCGCAAAACCAAAACAACUACCAGAUUUCAGGAAACCUUACUGUGCCUUGGAUUACAGGGUGUUCCAGAAAAAGAGCACUACAGGACCGCACGCAGUUUAGUGACCGAGAUUUAGCCACACUCAAGAAAUACUGGGACAAUGGCAUGACCAGCCUGGGCUCAGUCUGCAGAGAAAAAAUUGAAGCUGUUGCUGCAGAGUUAAAUGUUGACUGUGAAAUAGUGCGGACUUGGAUCGGGAAUCGAAGACGAAAAUAUCGUUUAAUGGGGAUUGAAGUCCCACCGCCUAGAGGAGGCCCUGCUGAUUUCUGUGACCAUCCUGAAUCUGGUGCUAAAUCAGCACUUACUCCAGGAGAGGAAACUGCUACUGAAGUGGGAGAUGAUAAUGACAGGAAUGAUGAAGUAUCAAUCUGCUUAUCUGAAGGAAGUUCACAAGAAGAAACCAGUGAAGUUAUUCAAAAUGAAGAAAUUGGUCACAAAGAAGAGGACCAAAAUACAUUAUCUGCAGAUAAUGUGAAAAUCGAAAUUAUAGAUGAUGAAGAAAGUGAUAUGAUCAGUAAUUCUGAAGUGGAUCAGAUGAGCUCUCUUUUGGAUUAUAAGAAUGAAGAAGUUAGGUUCAUUGAAAAUGAAUUGGAGAAUCACAAACAGAAAUAUUUUGAACUACAGACAUUCACUAGGAGCUUGAUACUUGCUAUCAAAUCAGAUGAUAAAGAACAGCAGCAGGCACUGCUGUCAGAUUUACCUCCUGAAUUAGAAGAGAUGGAUUUCAAUCACACAUCUCCAGAGCCUGAUGAUACCUCAUUCAGCUUGUCGUCUUUAUCAGAGAAAAAUGCCUCGGACAGUUUGUGAUCUUUGGAGAAAAAUAAUAUAUAUAUAUAUAUAUAUAUAUAUAUACACACACACACACAAUGCUUAGCCAGCCUAACAGGUGUGCAUUUCAAGAUAACUGCAUUUUGUUACCUGAUAUCAUUCAGUCAACAAAAACCUGGGUAAACUAGGCAGACCUUGCUGAAGGGUGAAUGUGAUGUGAUAUGACUGCAACUUGCGGUGACAAGGAAUAUGGAACUUUGGUUUUGGCAAGUGAGAAAGCUACAUGGGAAAAAGUUUUAGUUUUUAGCAUUACAACCUUGAUUAGGGUCAUUUAUAAUUUUCCAAAAUAAUUCUUGCUUUGUAGUAAAAUCUAUUCUGAGCAGGGAUCCAAGAGUGGAAAAUAAACCUAGCUAGUUACACAGCUAGGUAACAUUUCAACAUUGCUUGUCAUGUAAGACUCACCAGUCAUGUUUAUUGUGACCAUCGCCUUUUCCCUUGCUCCUUCUUACUCAGGUAGGUGGACUGAAAAUUGGGAAUCCAGAUGGAAACAUGAGCUUGUUAUGGGCAAAUGGGCAGAGCUGUUCUUGGACCCCUGAAAAAAUCUGAAUUAGAAAAUUAAACUAAGGUGCUUAUUGGUA